GAGCUACAUAACAGUCGUUGUGCAAUUCACCAUCAUGGCGUCCAAAUACAUCCUCCCAACAGCCCUUCAGACUCCCGGAAUCAAGAAGUUGAAGGGAAAACGGAUUGUGCUGGCCUCUGCCAGCCCUCGGAGGAAAGAUAUUCUCAAAACAUUUGGUUUGACUCCAGACAUAGUACCAUCUAACUUCGAGGAGGACCUUGCAGCGGGAUCCUUUACGGACAUUCAUGAAUAUCCUGUUGCGACAGCCAACCACAAAGCGGUAGAAGUCUACGAACGGUUGGUGGAACAAGAUGGAGAGAAUGCGCCCGAUCUGGUCAUCGCUGCGGACACUGUCGUAUUAACACAUGCAUUGCCGUCCACCACUCAAACAUCGUACUCCAUGCUUCCUGGGGCGAGGCAGGAACUCUUAGAGAAGCCGACAUCGAAGCCUGAUAACUACCGCAUGCUGCUCGAUCUCAACGGUGGUGUGUGCGAAGUGGUGACCGGUGUUGUUCUCAUCUAUCCGAUCUUGACGGCGCCCGGAUACGCGACAAAGUCCAUUGACGAACGCUCACUGGUCUACUUCUCCGACAACCCCAAAGAGCUUCUAGAGGCCUACGUCGAGAGUGGAGAGGGUCUGACUGUUGCAGGUGGCUUUGCGAUCCAGGGACGGGGCGGCGCAUUGGUCCGAAAAGUGGACGGCGACUACAACAACGUGGUCGGAUUUCCUGCCGCCUCUUUCCUCCGACUGCUGGAUAUGCUUGUGGAAGAUGAUCCAGACUUCCUGGAGGUCUGA